AUGCGCGUGGUUGUGACUGGGGCAGGCGGACAGACAGGAAGCUUGGUAGUGCAAAAGCUGUUGGAAAAUGGCAUCAACACGACCGCCGUAGUUCGGAGCGAGGUGAGCAAGAACAAGCUGGCCGAACAGCUUGGAGCCAAAGCUGCGGUCAAUAUUAUCCUGGCAGAUAUUAUGAAACCGGAGACGUUGGGGCCAGCAUUCGUGGACAUGGACGCAUUGGUGAUUGUGACAAGCGCCAUGCCGCGGCUGCUGAAGUCAUCGCUGGUUGGGGUGAUCCUGACGAAGGUCUUCACACUAGGCUUUGUGUCGAAGAAGCCUUCUUUCUAUUUCGAUGACGGCCAAUCGCCAGAGAUGGUCGAUUGGAUGGGUCAACGUAACCAGAUUGAUGCUUCAAAAGCGGCUGGGCUGAAACAUGUCGUCCUUGUGUCUUCAAUGGCAGGGACAAAGCCAGAUCACUUCCUCAAUUCUCAGAUGGACAAUAUCGUACUUUGGAAAAGGAAGGCCGAAUGCUACCUCGUAGCCAGCGGCUUACCUUACACUAUAAUUCACCCUGGAGGUUUGCUGCCACACUUCGGGGAUCGGAAUCCAGCCCCGGGUGGCCGCCGACGGCUCUAUGCUGGCACGGAUGACUCACUGAUGGACGAUGGACAGAACCAUAGCCUGGUACCCCGAGAGGACGUGGCCGCAAUUUGCGUCGCUAGCCUCUUGGAGCCUCAGCUGUCACAAGGACGCUCCUUCGACUUGGGUUCUGGGCCUGAGGGCGAGCCCUGCACUGUCAGCCUCAAGGAUUUGCUGGAGCCUUUGCAAGGUUCCAAUUCACAGUAUACGAAGGAGCAGGCGGAGUUCAAAGGUGGCAAGAAGAUACGAAGCUGCCCAUGCGGGGAGCAAUGA